UGUGGGCGGAGCGCGAGCCGCCGAGGCGUCUACGGAGGCUGCAGGUGAGCGCGCGCACGUGCCGCGGCUCCCGCCCGGCUGGGGUGCGCGCGCGCGGGCUCGCGGGGGAGGCGGCUGAGAGCUAGGCUGCGGCGCCUGUCCCCUGUGCUCCGCCCCCUCCUCCUCUUUCGCCGUCGCGGCCGUCGCCGAGGCCCGGAGGGAGGGAGCCGCGUUCCCGCCCACCGCGCCGCCAGUCUCACUCUCGGUCCCACCGCGUGAGGAGCCAGCCAAGCGGAGCUCUGCGCGGAGACCCGAGCCGCGGUCGCCCCUCUGCAGGUGCCUGUGAGGAGGCCCCUGGGCCGCAGCCGAGUCCCGAGCCCGCCGGCCGCACACUCGCUCCCCGCGCUCCAAGGGGCGGCCCGGCUGGAGGAGGCCGUUGCGGGCCAGGCCUCAGGAUGAACCGCAGCCACCGGCACGGAGCGGGCAGCGGCUGCCUGGGCACCAUGGAGGUGAAGAGCAAGUUUGGAGCUGAAUUUCGUCGGUUUUCACUGGAAAGAUCAAAACCUGGAAAGUUUGAAGAGUUUUAUGGAUUACUGCAACAUGUUCAUAAGAUACCCAAUGUUGACGUUUUAGUAGGCUAUGCAGACAUUCACGGAGAUUUACUACCUAUAAAUAACGAUGAUAAUUAUCACAAAGCUGUUUCAACGGCCAACCCACUGCUUAGGAUUUUUAUACAAAAAAAGGAAGAAGCAGACUACAGUGCCUUUGGUACAGACACACUAAUAAAGAAGAAGAAUGUUUUAACCAAUGUGUUGCGCCCUGACAACCAUAGAAAAAAGCCACACAUAGUCAUUAGUAUGCCCCAGGACUUCAGACCUGUGUCUUCUAUUAUAGACGUGGAUAUUCUCCCAGAAACACAUCGUAGGGUCCGUCUUUACAAAUAUGGCACUGAGAAACCCCUAGGAUUCUACAUCCGGGACGGCUCCAGUGUCCGGGUGACACCCCAUGGCUUAGAGAAGGUCCCAGGGAUCUUUAUAUCCAGACUUGUGCCAGGAGGUCUGGCUCAAAGCACAGGACUAUUAGCCGUUAAUGAUGAAGUUUUAGAAGUUAAUGGCAUAGAAGUUUCCGGGAAGAGUCUAGAUCAAGUAACUGACAUGAUGAUUGCAAACAGCCGCAACCUCAUCAUCACAGUGAGACCAGCAAACCAGAGGAAUAACGUCAUUAGGAACAGUCGGACUUCCGGCAGCUCUGGCCAGUCUACUGACAACAGCCUUCCUGGCUAUCCACAGCAGAUCGAACCGAGCUUUGAGCCAGAGGAUGAAGACAGCGAUGAAGAUGACAUUAUUAUUGAAGACAGUGGUGUGCCACAGCAGAUCCCUAAGGCGGUUCGUAGCACCGAGAGCCUGGAGUCAUUAACACAGAUAGAACUCAGUUUUGAAUCUGGACAGAACGGUUUUAUUCCUUCUAACGAAGUGAGCUUAGCACCCUUAGCAAGUGGCACAAAUACAGAAUUUGAAACGCACGCUCCAGAUCAGAAACUCUUAGAAGAAGAUGGAACAAUCAUAACACUAUGAAAGCAUCGCGUUUGAAUGUUUUUUGAGUGAGGACGCCAUGGAGACUUGUAAAUUUGGCUAGUUUAAAGCAUAUAUACCUCUGAACCAGUGAUCUGGGUUAGGCAUGAAAAAAAUAUAUUGCAAGUUUCAAAUGUUAUUAAAAUAGUAGUUUGAUAAUUAAUAUAAACUUCGGUGGGUCAGAGGUGAAUUUAAGUCUAAAACGAAGGGGCCUUUGCUAAUGAAAUGAUGUGCUUUUGCUAUUUUGUCUAUAGAGAACUGGAUGUUAGAGCACAUUCCCAGAACUACACAUGAGGACUAGAUCAUUUCUGUUUGAAGUGGUUGCAUAUUUAACCUGCUGUGCAGAGCCUGGUUAAUUUUUCCUUUAACUAUGUAUUUUCUAAUUCUAACGUGAAGAAGUCGGAGUCUAUCUUUCGGUACUUUGGGACCUUGGCUCCUAUAUUCCCCAUGUUGUAUUUUGAUUUUUUAAUAUUGUUCCUCUGUUGCUAAUUGUAGCGAGUAAUUUUUUUCAAAUGCUUUUUUUUUUUUUUUCCCUAAUUUCUAAGAAAUCAAAUCAAUGGACUGUUUUUAGGGGUUGCUUCCUAAGUUAUAAAGCAUUGAAGCUAUGUUCCUGAAUUAAGAAACUCUAACAGUUGUUCAGGUCCGUGUUUGCCCAUCUUGUAGCUUUCAUAUUUACAAACUCAUUGCAUUUGGGCAUCACUUACGUUGUGAAAGGCAGUUCCAUGGACUCUGGUGAUAUGGGAGACUCUCCUGUAACCUCUUCUUGUCCUCAUUCCACAUCUCAUUAGAAAUCAUUCCUUUUGUUGUUUGUGUGUAUAUUUUGUUUGUCUGCCUUUUUACUCUUUUAAUGUAUCUGAGUAGUGUGAAUUAUUUUCGUUAAAAAAAAAAUGCACCCAAACUAAGAGAUUUUUACACACAGGACAACCUUGUGCACUUUUUAUAUGAAAAUUUUGGGUUUUCCUUAAUGGGAUUUCUAGGAACACUGCCUACACUUUAUGAAAAGUAUGUCGUAUUCACCUUUGACAGGUAGAGUGUACCUCGAUUAAUUUUAUGAGGCUAUUUAUUACUUUCCGAUGCAUCCACUUAGCAAGGUAAGAGUAAGGCUGCUAACUUUUGUUCCUUGCCUGGUUUCAUUGUAUGGAGGUGCACAGGCACUACAGUAGCUUGUAUAUAGAGACUAAGAAUAGUAUGAACUACAUGAGUUCCCUGUGACUUAUGGAUAUUUCUCUCAGAGUUAUUUAUUGAUUAAUUUUAUGCUAGGGCUAGAAUGGAUACCUUAUAACAAUUGUGUGCUAUUAAAACAAUGAAGAAUCAAAUGACUCCGUUUUGAAGGAUAUUUUCUCUAUAUGGUAAAAGUAUAUGAAGUAAAGUUGAUUAAAUGAAGCUCGCUUGACUCAGAAUACUUCAAUGUAUUUUGUUCACAUUUUACCACUAAACAUAUUAUCACUAAACUGUUAACUGCACAACAUUAUGUAUAAUACAGUGUACUUUUUGUUGAAUUCAUUGAAGUUCUUCCAGUUAUAUAACCACUAUUUUUUAAUGGCAUUCCAGGUUUAACAUUCUGUUGAGUUCUAUAAAUUUGACUCUUGAAUGGCAAAAUGUUAAUAAGUAGAAGGUUGCAUUUCAUUUAUAUUAUAAGCGGUGCAGGGCUUCAACAUUUUAAGUAAAAAUACUUUCACAUACUACCUCUCUCUCUUUCCCUCUCUUUUUUUUUUAACAAAGUUUUAACAUCAGAACUUUUCUCUUAGGGGAAGAAAUACUUCAGGGCUUGACUUUUUGUACAACUUUUAACUGUAAAAUACAGAUUUGUCUUGUAUGUAUUCAUGAAAAUGGAAAUCAAAGCUGCUAGUGCUUUUUAAUUAUCCCGCUAAGGGUAUAUGUCAACGGUCUUUUCAACUGGAUCUCUCAUUUAAAUUAUUGGUGAAAGAAUUGAUUACUAGACGUAUUGUAAAACCAAUAGAUCUUGGUUAUACAAUAAAAUGUCGAUUCAUUGGUAGUCUGAAUUAUUUAAGUGUACCUUAUUAACAAAAAUAUCAGUGGAUUCAGCAUAAAAUUUUAUAGUACUAAAUGUCAAGCUAACUGUGAAUUUUGUUCUGUAUCUUAAGUAAAUUUAUGAUAAUGUUCUCAAGAGCUAUCAAAAUAUAUGUACUUUUGUGAACUAUGUAUUUUCUAAUUAAAUUUUACAUGCAACAUGAUUUUUA